AGAAUUGUUAUCAUGCCUCAUCAAGAAAUAGAAGACCCCAAGAAGAUUGAAUUCCCACUCGACUCAAAGUUAUACAAGAUCCUAUAUGAAAUUGGCGAGAGCGUCAGUGUCAAGGUUUACAAAGUCAUUUGCUUGCCAUUGGACUCAACUGUGGUCGCCAUCAAGGCCAUUGAUCUCGAUCGAUCUCAAGCUGUUCUCAACAACAUUCGACGGGAAACCAAGACCAUGUCCCUUCUUUCCCACCCUAAUAUCCUCAGUGCUCUCUGUUGUUUCACCGUUGAUCGCCAUCUUUGGGUUGUCAUGCCCUACAUGUCCCUCGGUUCGCUCCAGUCCAUCAUUUCUUCUUCAUUCACCGACGGUCUACCAGAGCAAUGCAUCGCAAUAUUCCUGAAAGAAACCCUUAACGCAUUGUGUUGUUUGCACAACCAGGGCUACCUACACAGAGACAUCAAGCCAGGAAACAUUCUUGUGGACGGAAAUGGGUCGGUCAAGCUCGCUGAUUUCGGUGUCUCCGCCUCAAUUUACGAGUUGGACUCUUCGUCCUCAGCCUCGGCGUCUAAGCCUUACUGGAUUGCGCCUGAGUUUAUACACUCGCAAACUGGACACAGUUUCAAGGCGGACAUUUGGUCUUUUGGCAUAACGGCGCUGGAAUUAGCUCAUGGACAACCUCCUCUGUCUCGUCUGCCGCCCUCAAAGUCUUUGGUCAUCAACAUAACCAAGCGGUUUCCCUUCUGGGAUAUAACAAGGACCACGACUGACAAGGAGUUCUCAGAGGCUUUCAGAAACAUGGUGGCUUCGUGUCUCAAUCAAGAUCCCGCCAAGAGACCCACUGUAGAUAAGCUCUUGAAGCAUUCUUUCUUCAAGAACUGCGGAGGCGCAGAUUUCCUUGCGGAAAACUUGCUGAGUGGAUUACUUAGCAUCGAAGAUCGGUUCAAAGCGAUGGAGGUCUUGUACAGAGAUGGUAAUGUGCUAGAAGAGGUCGAUCCACUGAGUCUAGUCAUCGAAGAAAGAAAAAUAAGUGGGUGGAAUUUCAAUAAAGAAAGGUUGGUUCUCGACCCAGUACAUGCAGCAGAGUCAAGGGAUGAUGAAAACAAUUUCAUCAUCCAAGAUACGACUGAAGGAAGUGAGUCGGUGGAUGAUCGGAAGGAACCAGGAGAGAAUUUUUCAGGACGUGUUGUGAUUGAGGAGGAAGGAACAAGCGAGAGAGCAAGUAGCGGGAGUGAGGUUGGUGAAACGGAAUCAGACAUUGGUGUUAAUAGACAGAAUUAGGAACAGCUUAUGCAUCAACUUAAUGAUCUUUGCUUUGGAAUUGAGAGGUUGAAGAUGGAAUUGGAGUUUGAGAGGGAAAGAAACUCAGCUUUGGAGAUGAAACUGAAAUUUCUCGAGAUUCAGAUGUCUGCUACUGCAAAUGCAUCAACCAGUAGUAGUCGAACUUUUCUUUUUCUUCGAUAAUCACAAUUUGUUUUUUCCUUUUUCUAAUUCAGUAUGUCGAUCCUGGUUGAUUACACAAGAUUUGUAAUAGAACUUUGAUUACAUAGGAGUAUAUCACAUCAGAGAUUAC